GAUAAAUGCUUAGAUAGAAAAAAAAAUCCUUUGAUAUUAAUUUUAUAGAGACACAUACUGUAUAUAGUUAGGACUUAAGAGAGGUGGAACAGAUGAGGCAUUAAUGUUUUGACUUAAUUGACACCCCCAAGUGUACAAAAUAACACAGAAAUUGAGAGGUGAUUCAUUGAAAGCACUGGGAGGUUGUUGGCCUUUCUAAGAGACAUUGCCCAACAAACAAUCUUUAGUUUCAUCUGUUUCUGCUACUUUUCUUACUCUCUAACGAUAGCACCAAGCUUUUGAGGUAGAGAGAGAGAGAGAGAGAGAGAGAGAGAGAAAGACCUGAAGAGGAGAAUGAUUGAAGCUGAUAAACAUCUAAAGCUAGAAAAGGAGAAGGCUAUGAAGAUGCAGAGCAGUCCUGAAACGAUGAUGGCCAGAGUCCCCACUCCAGAUCCUCACAGUACCAGCGUACAAGAAGAUGCCAUGGACUGCAAGACCAGCUGGAAACGUUAUGACAACCCCUACUACUGCUCUUCACAAUCUCAACAGAAUCAACACCAACGCAAGGCAUUUAUAUGGGAUCUGAAUUUCAUAAAGGUCUUCAUGGAAUCUGAACUAGGGAAAGCACGAGCCGAGAUCAAGGAAUUGAAGGCAGAGCUGGACUACGAGAGAAAAGCUCGAAGGCGGGCAGAGUUGAUAAACAAGAGGCUGGCUAAAGAUGUGGAGGAGGAGAGAAUGGGUAGAGAAGCAGAGGAGAUGCAAAACAAGCAGCUCUUAAAAGAGAUAUCGUUUGACAAGUCAGAGAUGGUUCGGAUGAAACGAGAUCUUGAAGAAGAGAGACAGAUGCACAGGUUGGCGGAGGUUUUGAGAGAAGAGAGAGUUCAGAUGAAGCUGAUGGAUGCAAGGCUUUUCUUGGAGGAGAAGCUAUCUGAAUUAGAGGAAGCUAAUAGACAAGGAGAGAAGGAGAGGAAUAGGAUGAUGAAACCAAAGAUACUGGAGAGAGCGUGUAGCUCACCGGCGAGGAGGAGGUGGGAGAACCCGCACAUAAUGAGAGGAAUCAAUCCGUUCCCAAGAGUGAUAAGAGCAAUAAGAUCAAAGAGUGAGAAAUGGGGUUCAAAGCUGGAGUGCCAAAAGGUUCAGCUCAAAAUUCUGCUCAGACAAAAGACCACUCCAAGAUGUACUCCUCUUCUCUCCUCUCCCUGAUACUGUAAGCUUCUUUUUUCUUUUCAUCUCGCUCACAUCCAAGGACUAAAAAGAUGUGCUAAUUAAUAAGAUUUUCUUCGUU